CAACUUCCAUUGAGACUCUGUACAUAUUGUUCUUUUUGUUUCUUUCUUCUUUGGGGAGCCGCGGGGUAGGUGAAAUCGUGAAACGACAUCGCCCUAUUCCACCUACCAGUAUGACCGUAUCCCAUCUACAUCAAUUAUUUUCGUCUCGCCACUGUCACAGCUGAAGCCUGACCACACCAAUCCUUCAAAGCGGAGAUGUACUAACCAUUUUUCCGCCUAUCCUUUUUCCUACCUCAGUCAUUUAUUGGUAAAUCCGCUCAAAGUUUCCACAAAUCAACUCUAACGUUUGGGUUUUCUGGUUAGUCGCAGCAUGGAAUUCUUGGAAACGCCGGAAGUCCAGAUUCUUGGUGUGGUUGUGGCCCUCGUCGCCGUUGUUGCCGGUGCUGCCUAUUUCUAUUCCACAAAGAAACCAAAAGGUUGUUUAGAUCCUGAAAACUUCAAGAAAUUUAAACUUGUCAAGCGCGUGCAGCUUAGCCAUAAUGUGGCAAAGUUCAAAUUUGAACUUCCCACACCGACCUCAGUGUUGGGUCUCCCUAUUGGACAACAUAUAAGUUGCAGGGGCAAAGAUAGCCAAGGAGAAGAGGUUAUUAAACCAUAUACCCCAACCACUUUGGAUUCUGAUGUUGGAUAUUUUGAGCUAGUUAUCAAGAUGUAUCCCCAAGGAAGGAUGUCUCACCAUUUUCGGGAAAUGUGUGAGGGUGAUUAUUUGGCUGUGAAGGGACCCAAGGGGCGUUUUAAGUACCAACCUGGCCAAGUUAGAGCUUUUGGGAUGCUUGCUGGAGGCUCUGGAAUUACACCAAUGUUUCAAGUUGCUAGAGCCAUAUUGGAAAACCCUAAGGACAAAACAAAAGUUCAUCUUAUAUAUGCCAAUGUUACAUUUGAAGACAUUCUUUUGAAGGAAGAGUUGGAUGGCCUUGCCAGUAACUACCCUAAUCGCUUUACUGUCUACUAUGUGCUGAAUCAGCCUCCUGAUGUGUGGAAUGGUGGUGUUGGGUUUGUUUCCAAGGAGAUGAUUCAAGCCCACUGCCCUGCACCUGCGCCUGAUAUUAAGGUGAAAUUGUUUCUCCUCUUAUGCUCUAAAAGCUCGGCUUGCAUUUUGCGUAUCAUAGAGAUACGAGUCAACUCAUCCUUUGAUCCUCUAAUCUUCAGAUUCUAAGAUGCGGUCCACCACCUAUGAACAAGGCCAUGGCUGCCCAUCUUGAUGAUCUUGGAUAUUCCUCAGGGAUGCUGUUUCAAUUCUGAUUCUAUUUCUUGGGUUUUCAGCCUGUAUUUGGACUUAACCAUCGCAUUUGGUUCAGCGGAAGACAUUUUUGUUCUGUAUUUCUAUUAUGAGGGCAUUCGAUGGGAUUUUAAUACUCUGCGAAUAGUUGGCACUUUACAACUUUUGACAUGAUUCUGUGAGAAUGGUGCACUCAUGAAUAAGAUUAACUUCAUUUGCAACACAAAA